AUGAAUGAAGACCAAGAAUCGGAUAGUAACGCUAAGAAGCAGAUAAGCGAGGAUCAAAAAGAGGUGGAGCAGCCUCCAACACUGAAGAGAAAACCAAGCCGGCUGCGAUUUUCCGCUAUCCUUCGGAAGAGCCAUUCGGAGGUGGAUAAGAAAAAGACGUUGAGAUCUCGCAAGGAAGCGAAGAGUCCAAGUGUAAAGAAUAUUAAAGCGAGGAAAACUCAGGAAGGCGAUAAUGUGGAGGCUCUUGAAGGGAACAAAGCUCAAACUCCUAACAGUUUAAAGACUAUAGAAGUUGAUAACCGGCUCAAAAGUUUAGUGCAGUGGCAAGCACAGUUUUAA